UCCAGAUGAGGGGAGGUUCUUCUCGUAACAGGUUGACGCUCUGCUCUCAUUUCCCGAACAGCAACACAAACAGCUGGAGUUGUUUAGGUUUAGCUCAGUCGUUGGGGGAUUUGCCACUAUUUCAACAGACACAAACAAUCUCCAGGAGCGAGCAGGAUGUCCAUAACCAUGACAAAGGCUGAUGGGGUCACUGUGAUGACUUUGACCUCUGACCCCAAAAGUGCUUGGCCACCUCUGUGCCAAAUCCUCAAGGCCCUUUGCUACAGCCCCGUCUGCUGCACUGUGUCUCAGCACCUGAGGAAGAUCCAGAAAACCUCUCAGUCAGUACUGGGGGCUCUGCAGAUUAUGGUUGGGUUGCUCAACAUUGGCCUUGGAGCCAUCCUCUUAAUCAGUCGUGGUGGCCCUUGGUGGAUUAUGGAUAGCGUCUUUCCUUUUUGGCUCGGAGGAUUGUUUAUUCUAUUUGGCAUCAUGUGCAUUUUGUCUGAGAAGUGCCCCAGUCUAUGUCUGGUCAUCAUCAACGUGAUCCUGAAUCUGGCAGGAGUUGCUUUUGCUAUUACAGCCAUUGUACUCUACUGCAUCAAUAUGGCAAAUGUGGAGUGGAGCUUCUGGGAGAUGUGUAGACGUGACAGUUAUUAUAACUGGUAUGGCAGUAGAACUACGACGGCAAGUCCAUCUGAGGGGUUCAUGAAGGACAGAUGCUUGGAGGGAAAAGCUCUGAUUCUUAUGCUUCUGAGAAGUAUCAAUGCUGUGCUGAUUGUCUUGUCAGCCCUGGAGCUCUGCCUUGUCAUCAGCUCUGUUGUCCUGGGGAUCAAGGCUGUGAGGAGCCGUCAAAAGGGAGAAAACAAGAGCACCGGUGACCCAGAGUACUACAAACCACUUCUGGAGGUCACCACUAACCCUGCAGCCUAAAUGAGCAACCCUGCAGCCUCCUUUGAUAAAUCACUUUAUCAUGUCAGUUAGGACUGUAAUACUGUGCAUUUAUACCACUGACUGUGUAUACUGUAACUGUAAUCAAUGAUUUACACACAAUUGGCCGGAACGGUCCCUGCCAAACUUCUCUAUGUGCUUAUAUUUUAGAGUAUUUUUGAUCAUAAUCUGCACUGAAUUGUAUGUACUGCUCUCCAUUUCAGUCUCUGCUGCUGUUUUUCAAACUGUUUCCAUUGAUUAUGAUUUUCUGUAUGAUGUGUGUAACACUUUGUCAACUUGCCAUAGUUUAAAAUAUCAGAGUAUUACUCUUCCAAAUGCUAUUUCUAGCCAAAAAGUUAAAUAAAAAAAAUGUUUUGCUAUAAAUCCGAGAACCUGUAUUACAGAAAGAGGUUUUAAUCAUUUUAUCAAAGAGAAAGAAUUGUGGCCUGGAAAUGGUCAAAUAUAUCAGUUUAUUGAGAUGAAAAGUUUCAACUAGGAAAUUGUACAAAGUCAUCAGUUUCUUCAGCAGUAGCUAAAACUGUCAACAGACAAAACAGCAGCAUGUAGAGGACAAUAACCUGUUUCACUUUCCCUGCUUGACAUGUUUGCACUUUUUCGUUGUUGGUUUGACUGUUUCAAGUGCAAAUAAAUGAGUAUAAAUCAUCUACA